AGGUCACCAGUGAGGUGGAAGGCUCCCUCGAUGCCCUCCGCGCCCGCGCGCGCGACAUCACUGGCGGCCGCCCCGCCGGUGAGUUCUACGAGACGACCUCUGCCUCCUUCCAGAAGGCGCAAGACGACGCCGCCGGCGCCGCCAAGGACGCUGCCUCCAAGGCGUCCAGCGGCGCGGGCGACGUGAAGGCGCGCCUGGGCGCGGCGGCCGACAAGAUUGGCGACAAGGCGUCCGGCGCGGCUGAUGUCGUGAAGGACGCGGCCAAGGGCGCGCUGGGUGACACGCAGCGCGCCGCCGGCCGCGCUAGUGACAAGGUUCGUGAUGUUGCCUUCGCCGGCUUCGGCGGCGGCGACCAGUCCGGCAUUGCGGAGCCUGACAAGCUGGGGGAGAUUGCCAGGGGCACUCCGACCGACGCGGCGCCGGCGGGCGACAGGCCGGCCGGCAUCGGCCAGGGCGUGCGCGGCGGUGUCAACCUCGCGCCCAAGGCGAGCGAGAAGGUUACCGGCCCGACCGCGGGCGGGGACCUGCGCGGCAGCAUCAACGCCGCGGCGAGCAAGGUGGUGGACGCGGCGCAGGGCGUGCGCGACGGCUCGGGCGCUGUGGUUGAGCGCCUCGACGCGUCGUCUGCCGGCAAGGACGUGCGUGAGAAUGUGAAGGGCGCCGCAGACAAGGUCAAGGAUGUUAUCAGGGGUGUGAGCGUCCUGCCCUCCGGCGGCGCCGGCGCCGCCAACCCCAGCGCCAAGGACGCCCGCACGGCCGCCGUCGAUGCCGCCAGCGGUGCCGGCGACAGCGCGAAGGGCGCGCUGGAGUCGGUGACGCGCGCCGUCGGCGGCGCCGGGGACAGGGUCAAGGGGGCUGCUUCUGAGGGCAACAGCAUUGCAGAGCAGGCCGCCAAGACCAGCACUCGUGUCGAGGGCAUCCUGCAGCGCGCGGCCGACAACGUGCGCGAGGGGCGCACCGGCAUCGAGGGUGUCACCAAGUAA